GGAGUUGUCCUUCUUUAACCUGAUAACACGGGAAAUAAACGCACUUGACUUAUAUACUGGAUCCUGGUGUAUAUUCAUUGUCAUCCUUCCCCUACAAACAACACACACAGCACGAGUUCGACAACAAACUAGCUUUAGGCCUACGAUGGCCAGCCCCACAAGUGGCGAUGUUCUCAUCCUCGACGGUGGCUCGGCCACUGAACUCGAACGAUUGGGUGAAACAUCGAUCAACGCGGAUCCAUUAUGGUCAGCCUGUCUGCUUCAUUCUAAUCCGGAGCGUAUCAAACAAGCCCACAAGAAUUUUAUCGAAGCCGGUUGUGAUGUGGUUGUCACGGCAACCUACCAGGCUUCUGUUGCGGGCUUCUGUCAGGAACUCAAGAUAACUGAAGACGAGGCUUUCCGUCUGAUGGCUGACGGGACAAAGAUCGCGAGAGAUGCAUGGCGGGAAGUUUCUGAGAGCACACGUGCAGGGAGUAAGUGUUUGGUGGCAGGCUCCGUUGGUCCCUAUGGGGCGUGUCUACACGACGGGUCAGAGUACACGGGGAAAUACAUGGACAAUGUGUCUAAACAGGACCUAAUUGACUGGCAUCGCCCACGUGUUGAGGCCUUGUUGGACAGUAAGGUAGAUAUCCUGGCAAUAGAAACGAUUCCAGCUGUAGAAGAGGCUGAGGCUGUUCUUGACCUCCUCCAGGACUACCCAGGGGCCAAGGCAUGGGUGACCUUUACUUGUAAGGACGAAUGUAACACUUGCCACGGAGAGAAGUUCUCGGACGCCAUAGAAAGGGUUGCUAAGCGACAAGGCGUGGAAGCCGUGGGCGUGAACUGUACCGCCCCACAGUUCAUAUCACCGCUUCUCAAAAGUAUACAGCAUCUGAACCUCUCCAUACCAAUCAUCGUCAAACCCAACAGUGGCGAAGACUGGGACACGGGGAUAGGAUUCUAUAACAGAGAGAAAUGUAUGUCUGUGGUCUCUUUGGUUAACGAAUGGAAGGAACUUGGAGCCACGUGGAUCGGAGGAUGUUGUCGAAUAUACCCGUCAGAGAUUGCGGACAUUAAACAAAAAUUGAAAACCUGAAA